UCGAUUUUUUUACUUGUGCAAUUGUGUAAAAUCAUGUUAUGGACACUUCUGUUACAUAUUUUGGAGUAGACCCGAUGAAAGCGGCUCUUGCAUGACUAUUUACACGAAAAAAAGAAGACAGCAUUUGUUGACAAUCUGAACAAUUCGAACAAGUCUUUUUUUGCCACAUGUAUGCAUGUCGGGUAUGAAACAAACAUUUCUCGAAUGCACUGGUAACUAUCGGGCGGUCUUUUUCUGUUCCAAAUGUCAACUUGACAUGAUUACAUCAAAUAUAGGACACCGCUUGUAGUAAGCCUGUGUGUAUGUGUCGAUCAACAUGUAUGUAUUGACAUGCAUUUGAACAUGCAGAGUAUAUGGCACGGGAGCUCCGUUACACGUUGGUGAGUAAGUAAACUGUGUUAAGUUUCUACUAUUUAUCUGUAGGCUACACUGUGUCAGAAUGUCCCAUCAGCCAAUUCGGUAUUUUGAGGAUAAAGACCACGCUGAAGCGUAUGCCAGAUACCGAAUACCAUUCACCUCGGAAGUCGUGGAUUGUAUAGUCCGCUAUGUUCAAGAUGGCGGCUGUGAAUUAAACAGUGCUGUGGAUAUCGGCUGCGGUACAGGCCAUCAGAGCACCAUUCCACUUGCCCGCGUCUUCAGACACGUCAUCGGCGUUGACAUCAGCCAGGAACAGAUACGACAGACGCCACUUUUGAGCAACGUGGACUUCCGGGUCGGGCGAGGUGAAGAUAUGGCAUUCCUUGAAUCUUCUUCCGUGAAUGUUGUUUCCGUUGCAACGGCGAUACAUUGGCUUGAUCUCCCUGCUUUCUACAAGGAAGUAGAUCGGGUACUGACGCCAAGAGGGUGUUUGGCGGUGUAUUGGAUGGACAGAGAGAAAGUGGACAAUGAAGAGGCCCAAGCAGCCAUUGAGGAGUUCCAUGACUCGACGUCAGAAUACCGCGAAGAGGGAGUGAAAAGGCUCUGGGACCGGAAGGAGAUACCUGAAUGCCCGUAUGGAACAUGGCUGCAUGACACCAGCGUUAUCAUAACCAAAACCAUGACAGUCGAGGACUUGGUCCAACUCUCCUCCACAAUGACCUUCUGGCAGAAGUAUUUGGAGGCGAACCCAGGCUCCACGAAACUGACUGACUAUAGAGAAAAGCAAGUGCCUUAUCCCCUGCUAUCUGGGCUACUUCGCAGUGACAUAGAGGAAAAACAAGGAACAUCGCCAUCAGCGGAAUUCAAGUGGCCCGUCAACAUUCUGCUGUGUAGGAAACCGGGUCUUUGA